CCGCAACUCCUGUGUCUGCGCGCGAAAAAAGAUCGAAAUGCAUUUAUAACGUUGCACCGCAACACCACCACCCACUGGCACCCGCAAUGCCCACUGGCACCCGCAUCCCAUCCCAAAUACAACAACCCGCCGGUUCAGCCUCUCUCCGCUGCGGAUGGUAGAUAUCCCCUCUUGAGCCAACACGGAAAAUAAUAGCUCCUUCCUGCAAACAAACAAAAAAGACUCGAGAAAGUCCCCAUCAUAUUGCCGGCCAACCGCGAUGGAUUCCAUCGUCACCAACAUCGAUACCGAAGCCAAAUAUAUUCUCGGCGUCGUGAAAUGGUUCUACAUGCCCACGACAGACGGGCGGCUCCUCCGCGCCGUUGCCGUGAAGUCGUCGGACGCCAGUAUGUGGAUCGCCGCAUACACGUUGCUCCUGAUCUUGAUAUUUGUCGGGAUCGCUCGUCUGGUUAAAGAUCUCGUCGUCACCUUCUUCCCGCUCCGUGGAAACGGCAAUCGCUAUGCCAUGCUAGUCGGGUACUACAACACGAACGAUCCCGUCACCAUCAUCCUGCUAGCGGUGGCGUACUGCUACAAGACGUGCGUCUUCGUCGUCGGCGACGGCCGCGGCCGCAUCGACUGGAACACCUUCUGGCUGGGGAUCGGACUGAUCUCGCUCUCGCUCGCACUGCUCGGGGCCAACGCCAUAGGCGGUGUCCUCGUUCCGGGCAACCUCCGCCUCGGCCACGUCGCCCGAGUCAACCCCGAGAAGAUAUUCUCACCCCGGGUCGACGCCAACGCGACCACUCUCUACGAAUACUGGCAGCGCUUCCAGAGCCCCACCGCGUUCCGCGCCGUGUCGGACUUGGUGCAGAUGAAGGUCACCCUCAAGAAUAGAUAUGUUAUGAACUUCACCCCGAUCGACCCGAAUGGACCCGAGCCAGGCCUCAGACUGGAUUACUCCUACGUCGUCACAGGCGUCGACUUUGGCUUCCAGAGGGCCCCCGGGUUGAAGUACACCGCCUCUGGCAUCUGCAACACCCGGUACGAUUGGUACGACGCCAGCUCGACUGAGGCCGAAGAAGUAUACUUCCCUGUGGAUUCGGACGGCGUACCUCUGAAUCCGGAGGGUUUCUUCGUUAAGAAUCAGACGACGGUCCCGACCGUUGAAUUCUACGCCCCUCCGACCAACUCGAGCAUACGCUCCUUCCUGAUGAUUCCGCACACGGCGAACCGCGAAAGCGAAACACGGAAUCUCAUCGAUCCAUGGUACCUAGCCCGGGACGUAGCGUUUCCGGACCAAGGGCGUAUCCGAUACAGAGUGGCACCACGCAGACCGGUCGUCUACUGCGAACAGGUGGACACGUACGAGUUCGAAGGCAAGAAGGUGGACAACGUUCUCGACCUGAACAAACUGUUUGAGGGGCCGCGAUCGAAGCUGUCAUCGUUCUGGUGGAAGCACAUCCUGCCAGCGGGCGUGGGCGUCCCGGUGAUCCAGCAGAUCGGCAACAACCUGGGCGCGAACUCGCUCGCGUCGUCGAUGCAAUUCCUCGACUUCGACUCGUCCAUCGACCUGUCCAAGGCCACUCUCCAGAGCGACCUGGAGCGCCUGGUGCUCGGCGCGCUCGUGUACACGCGCGAGCUGGUGCGGUCGACGACAAUGACCACCGAGGAGCAGCGCGGGAACUACGUCAACGAGGCGCUGGUCAACAGCACCGACGGGCACGUGCCCGACGAGUACGCGGACUUUGUGAUCUCUAGCCCGGAGGUCACCACUAUGUCCGUAUGGGUGCUCAUCGUCACCCCGGCCAUCUGCCUGUUCAUCUGGACGUUCAUCGCGCUCAAGGCGACCUUCCUAUUUACCGAGCACUGGGGUAGCAUCCGCAAUGACAGCUGGCGGGGACGGUACGUGCAACGCACGAUCCUGUUUUCAGCCGUCCAGCUCUACCGCCUCCUCGACGAAGAAGUCUCCGGCGAGCGCCGCUGGAAGGGCCGGCUAUCAUUCUACCCCUACGUCUCCGACGUCUCGCAGAAGUACAUGCGGCGCUUCUCGGAAUUCGAGGUGGUCCCCACCUCCGCGCGCAAAUCCUCGCCCUCCCCCUCGCCCUCCCCCUCCCCCCCACCACAGACCUACGACGCCACGUCCAAAUCCGGCACCCACGCGGAGAUCCGCCCGGUUCCCGCAUACGACCUCUCGCCCGGCGCCGAAGACGGCCGUGGCGGCGCCGGGGACUCCAUGCGCCCUCUCGUCACGCCGUUCGUGCGCCCCGCGUUCGUGCCGCUGCAUGAGCGGCGCAGCUCGGCGCCGAUCUACGCGGCGGGGGCGGGGGGUAAGAGCGAGGGAGGGAAAGCGGCGUUCUCAGCGGAUAGGAGAAGGCCGAUCUCGGAGUAUGCACCCUCCGCCGAUAAGUAUGAGCUUGUCAUGACUAGGCAUUGGAGGCCGAGUCUGAAUGAGAGCGAUAUGAUUCAUUGGAGGCAGGUGCAGAAUGAAUAGGCUGUCUGAUUGGUUUUUCGGUGUGCGGUGACGGGUCUGCCUUUUUUCAGAUCAUUUUUUUUAAUGCGAUUUUACGAUACUACGACUUUCUUUUGGGAUGUUUUGGGAUGGGCUUUGGGUCGGUGUAGUUAGGAGUUUGGAGAGUUUUUUUGUUUGUUUCUUUGUAUGAUUUGAUUUUCUUUGGGUGGACCUCUGGACUGUGAUCACGGCGUCUUCGAUGUGCUUUUUUUCUUCGUUUUUUUUCUCCGUUGAUGUAGGAAUGCGUUACCCAACAAUCGUAUCUGCUUCUUACAUGGCUUACUCAGUUGCAGUUUCCAAGCUGUCUGUUUUUUUUUGGACGGAAGGAAGAAGGGAACUUGGAAAGAUGUAGUUACGGAAGGAUGUACUCUAUUCUGGUAGCU